GCCAUAUAAUUCCAGAAAUCUGUCCCAGAAUACACACGGUGGCUGUGCCUUGUUUGUGAGCUCACUUUGGGCUGGUUUGUUUCAGGUUGUUUUGUAAACUGCCAUAGGGUUAAUUUAAGCAGGGUAAUUUUUUCUAGCAGAUUACGCAUGGAAUUCCAGUUAGAUUCAAGUGGUGUUCUUUAAGAACAGCAGCAUUGCCAGUGAUAAUGUGGAUAGAGAGCAUGCAGGAGAUCAGAGAGAUCCUGAUUGGAGAGUUUACCAAUCAUCUUAGAUAAGAACUGCAGUUCUUCAGUGAGUCCUGACUGAAAAUAAACAUUGAGUGAAUUAGCUAAAAUGAAAAAGGCAGUUAUGGGUCAGCUGUCAAGUUUGUGUUUUAUACACCAAAUAGUUUUGGGACUCUUGCUUUUUUACAUGGUGAGUUUUGUUCACUGAACCAUUUGGUCUGUUGGUUAAAAAGGAGCAUCUAGUUUUGCGAUUUUUUUUUUGUCCCAAAACAUAAAUUGAGUGGAGACCUGUAGUCUAACUUUCUGCAAAACCUGUUACCUGAGGGGGAGGAGGGGGGAAGUUUAAGCAAAGAGGAAGCCCAAAAUUCAAACCAUACUACUAGACAGAAAGGCACUUUAAUUCAUUUAAGAAAGUGUUAAGUAUGUAGGUAUGUUGUUGGCACAUCUUUUUUCUUCUCUCACACAAUUGCUGCAUGAAUGUGGGUAAAUAUAUUUUUCUUGGAUGUAGUUUAUUCCUUUGCAUUUAAUGAGUUACUGAUUAAACUGGCCAGUAUAUUUACACUCAAUGCUUAUAGCAUCUUCAAAGCACUGAGAUAAAAUCCUGCAUGGUUCCAGUGUUCUGCUUUCUGUAAGUAUUGAGAUUCUUCUUGUCUCCAGCUAAUAGCAGUGACACUUGAAAAAAAGAGAGAGGCAACUCUCCUGAUAUUUUUGGAUGGCAAUUUGGAAAGCAUUUUGGAAUAUCUGUUUAACUCAUUGUGUUAGGCUUCAGAUGCACAAAAUCAAGAGCACUCCAAUUGUAAACUCAGUGCAUUAUGUUUCUGCAGCUGCUCUAGCAUAGAAAUGAACACUCUCAAAUCCCAAAUAUGCUGAGUUUCAAAUAAUUAUUUUCUAAAGCACGAACUGUGUUUUGCCAAGAUUGAGGUAGACCUCUGUGAGCUGGUUUCUGUAUUUAUAGAAGCCUAAUCAAAGUUUUCUCUUGUAGAAAACAGUGUUCAGCUUCUGAGCAUGUGAUCUCAUGGUGCUGAUGUAAAACCCUUUCAGUUACUGUAUCCUUCCUUCCUUCCUUCCUCCCUUCCUUCCCCAUAUUUUUGCUGACCUUCUCCCAUAGUCGUUGCUGUACAAGUGCUGAGCUGCAUUGUUGUAUAAUCCAGUCCUGUCUGAGCCCAGGGAAUGACUUGGGUUGAGCUCUCUAAGAACAGCUGUGCAGUUCCUGUGCCAGAGGCUGAACUGCACAUACCUGGUGCUGAACCCUGCAAAUUUUGUUGCUUAAUCUACUUUUCAAAAGGCAUUCUUGUUUCCUUUGAGAGCUGUGGACAAGAAUAUGCCAGUUGAAAGCAUUUCACUUGCCUGUUCUUGCUUGAAGAUAAAUUUUCACAUCUAGUUUCCAGUGCCAUCAGUGAAUGCUGGCUGUAAUAAGCCUUUUCUCACUAUGUGAAAAUGAGUAACUCAUUUGGAAAUGUUCUGUUUUUUUGCAUGUAUUAAAAUACUAUUAAGUUAGGGUCUUUGUCAAAGAGCAAAAUUAAUUGUGCCUGAGUGACUAACAUGCUCUUCAGAAGUUUAACCUCAUGUUAGAUGUUAUUAUGUGCUUGUUCUUAGUAAACAAAACCAGACUGGUUUCUUCUUGCUUCUCCCUAUUUUGAACAGCUUUUUUACCUUUCUUGCUUUCCUACACCCUCUGUGCUGGACUUCUCCCCCAGGCAAUGAAUGACUUGUCUCACACAACCUUUGGCUUCUGAGUACAGCCUAGAUGCAACUACUGUGGAGGAACGCUCCAAGGACUGAUACAUUUUAUUUUGUUAGUGGCAUGUUUUGCGCAUUGGAUUUUUAACCCACACUUGCUGCAUGGAUGUAUAAUAAUGACUACUCUUUUCUUUAACAUUAGAUAAGCAUGAGAUCACCGUGGCACAGCUGCAUGUAUAGUCACUCUUGAAGCAAUUACACACCUAAUUGGCUGGCAAUCUUGGCAUUUUCAAAAUAAACACAAGCCUUUUAAAGAAAGGGGACGUAUUUAUGUAUGAAUAGUCAAAUAAACUUUUUGGGUGUCAUCAAUGGAGCCAUCUGGCACUGAACAGUUGUCUGAUGACCCUGAUCCUGGAGGCAAAUCCCAAGAUCAAGAGACCAAAAAACAACAUGAAUCAGAGCAAAAAUUAUCCAAAAUAACGCAUAAUGCUUUGGAGAACAUUAAUGUCAUUGGUCAAGGCUUGAAGCACCUGUUCCAGCAUCAGCGCAGGAGGUCGUCUGUUUCUCCGCAUGAUGUCCAGCAAGCUCAGGCUGAGCUGGAGCCUGACCUGGAUUUGGAAAGCCAAAGCGUCUGUGCUGAAAUUGAUGGUGUCUCCACCCACCCCACAGCUCUGAACCGGGUGCUUCAGCAGAUCAGAGUGCCACCCAAAAUGAAGAGAGGGACCAGCCUGCACAGCAGGUGGGGCAAGGGAGAUGCCCCGAAAGGAAGCCCGCAGAUCAACAGAAGGUCUACUCAAGAUAUUCAGUCGGGUCGGCCCAGAUCAUCAUCCACUACAGAUGCUCCCACAAACUUGUCUGUGAUGGAGAUUGCUUCUUCUAUCUAUGUAGGUGGAGAAGAGGCCACAGCAGCAGCAAUUGAGCGCUUGGAAGUCAGCAGCUUGGCGCAGACCUCCAGUGCCGUGGCCUCCAGCACUGAUGGCAGCAUCAAUGCAGACUCUGUUGAUGGGACCCCAGAUCCGCAGCGGACAAAAGUGGCCAUCACACACCUGCAGCAGAAGAUACUGAAGCUGACAGAGCAGAUCAAAAUUGAGCAAACAGCCCGUGAUGACAAUGUGGCAGAGUACCUGAAAUUGGCCAACAAUGCAGACAAGCAGCAGAGUGCCCGCAUUAAGCAAGUGUUUGAGAAGAAAAAUCAAAAGUCAGCCCAGACCAUCUUGCAGCUGCAGAAGAAACUGGAACAUUACCAUCGAAAGCUGCGAGAGAUUGAGCAGAAUGGGAUCCCUCGGCAGCCAAAGGAUGUCUUCAGGGAUAUGCAUCAGGGUUUGAAGGAUGUUGGAGCAAAAGUCACUGGCUUCAGUGAGGGAGUGGUAGACAGUGUAAAAGGUGGACUUUCCAGUUUCUCCCAGGCCACACAUUCAGCAGCAGGAGCUGUGGUUUCCAAACCCCGGGAGAUUGCCUCCCUCAUAAGGAACAAGUUUGGGAGUGCAGACAAUAUUGCUAAUCUGAAAGACUCCUUAGAAGAAGGCCAGGAAGAUGGGGCAGGUGGCAAGGCUCUAGGUGUUAUUCAGAACUUUCAGUCAAGCCCAAAAUAUGGCAGUGAAGAGGAUUGCUCCAGUGCCACAUCAGGCUCGGUGGGAGCCAACAGUACAACAGGGGGCCCUGUGGGAGCUUCCAGCUCCAAAACAAACACUCUGGAUAUGCAGAGCUCAGGGUUUGAUGCAAUACUGCAUGAGAUUCAAGAAAUUCGAGAGACACAGGCAAGACUGGAAGAAUCAUUUGAGGACCUUAAGGUUCGCUACCAGAGGGAUUACACAUUAAUAAUGCAGACCCUGCAGGAGGAGCGGUACAGAUGUGAAAGACUUGAAGAGCAGUUAAAUGACUUGACUGAGCUCCACCAGAACGAGAUCCUCAAUUUAAAACAGGAGCUGGCCAGCAUGGAGGAAAAGAUUGCCUAUCAGUCUUACGAGCGAGCCCGGGACAUCCAGGAGGCACUGGAAGCGUGCCAGACACGCAUUUCCAAGAUGGAACUGCAGCAGCAGCAGCAGCAAGUGGUGCAGUUGGAGGGGCUGGAGAAUGCCACAGCCAGAAACCUUCUGGGGAAGUUCAUCAACAUCUUGCUGGCUGUCAUGGCUGUCCUCCUUGUCUUUGUAUCCACUGUGGCCAACUGCGUCGUGCCCCUGAUGAAGACUCGCAAUAGGACGUUCAGCACUUUAUUUAUAGUGGUUUUCAUUGCCUUUUUGUGGAAGCACUGGGAUGCCAUCACCGGCUACUUGGAACGAUUCUUGUCUCCACCCAGAUGAUGGUAGCAGGAAUGGGCUGCGCCGCUCCCUCCUGGUGCUCUUGGUGAGCAAGUGUGGCAAAGAUUAGUCAGCAACUACUCUGCUGAAGUUUUAAAGUGUCCGAGUGAAUUUGUUUACAUUUAGAAUAACGUUUUUUCUCUGCAAGAUGCAUUGCAAUAGUAUUUUUUAGAUUUUAUUCAAGAACUCUUUUGGCGAGAAUCCUGGAUAAUUUUUAUGUAGCAUGGUUCUCUUUGGAUGCAAAUCUUAAGAUUCUUUAAAGUGUACAAAAGAAAUAAAUAAAAUACAGAAAUUUGAAGCAUA